GUACAAGUUAACGGCACACCUAUCGUUUAAAAAUAAAGUGUAAAUAAAUAUUCAAAGAUCGUACAAAAAUGCCAGUUAAAUCAUGCGACAGCGACUCCGACUCUGAGGAUGACGCCCAGAUGCGCCAGUUCCUGGAGGCGGCGGACACCACGCUGCUAACAAAUGCCAUGUUUCAAUCGCAGCCAAAGUCGGAUGGGGGCAAAGCAGCCAACGAGGAGCAGUCGGUGGCCACCAAGAAAAACGAUGCACCACCGGUCAAAAGUGAACGCUACGUGGAGGAUCAGGACGCGCCGGCCAGCGAUUUGCAAAUCUCUCAGGAGAUGCAAACGCACAUCUGGAGCAGGCUGAGUGGCAUUAUCCAGGAGCAAAUCGAGUUCUCCCUGGAUGCCCCCAAAUGCGUGGCCAAACGGAAGCCGCCACCCGACAAAGUGAAGCUAGUGUCCAAUGCCGAUUGCUAUUUGAUCGCUGAUUUGGUGGUGGAAGGUCCUGCGGGUCCGAAAAAGAAACCCACCAUCAGGAGACGGACCCCCAAAGAGGACCAUUCUGCGCCCGAAGCUCUGGACUCUGUGGUGGUCACUGGUGAGUCCAUACUGGAAGGCAAGGACCUGCUCGCCUGGGCACAGAAAAAAUCGCGCCACGACAAACUCUUUCAGUACAGAGCCAGCGAUCCGAAUGCAACCAAGCUGGUGGCCAUUGAACCCACCAACGAGUUCACCAAGCGGAGGCGACAAAACAACUGGAACGAGUCCAGGAUAAGCAAAAAGAAAAGUAAUAAACAAAAGAAGUAG